AUAUCUUGACUCCAAAGUCAUGGACUUGAAGAAUAUUUCCCCAUUUUUCUUCUUUGCCCUGUUAAUCUCCAUUGCCAAAGCCCUUGAUCCUUCUUGUUCAUCCCAAUCUGACGGCUCAGAUGACCUCUCAAUCAUUCCCACCUACAGCAAAUGCUCUCCCUUCUCCCCACCCAAAACAGACUCUUUGUUCACCACUGUGCUCAACAUGGCCUCCAAAGAUCCAGCUAGGUUUAACUACUUGUCAAGCCUAGUUGCCCAAAAGACCACCUCCGCUCCGAUCGCUUCGGGCCAGCAGGUCCUCAACAUUGCCAACUACGUGGUCCGGCUCAAGAUCGGUACCCCGGGUCAGCUCAUGAACAUGGUCCUAGACACUAGCAAUGACAUUGCUUGGGCUCCAUGUUCGGGCUGCACAGGGUGCUCCUCUACCACUUUCUUACCCAACUCAUCGAGCACAUACGGGUCACUAGAUUGCUCAGUGCCUGAAUGUGCUCAGGCUCGCGGGCUCUCAUGCUCCACCACUGGGUCUACUGCGGCCAACGGUUGCUUCUUUAACCAAUCGUAUGGUGGAGAUUCAUCAUUUUCUGCCACCCUAGUACAAGAUGCUUUGACACUAGGUAAAGAUGUUAUUCCCAAGUACUCUUUUGGUUGCAUUAAUUCCAUCUCAGGUGGGUCGAUCCCAUCCCAAGGGCUAUUGGGUCUAGGUCGCGGAUCCAUGUCAUUACUCUCACAGACCGGGUCACUCUACUCCGGCGUGUUUUCGUAUUGUUUACCAAGCUUCAAAUCUUACUACUUUUCCGGGUCACUCAAGCUUGGACCGGCUGGCCAACCCAAGUCUAUCCGGACCACCCCACUUCUAAGAAACCCCCGCCGGCCCUCACUGUACUAUGUAAACCUGACCGGAAUCAGUGUGGGCCGGGUUCUUGUACCCAUUGCACCGGAGCUUCUAGCAUUCAACCCAAACACCGGGGCCGGAACCAUCAUAGACUCGGGCACGGUCAUAACCCGAUUUGUGCAACCCGUCUACAUGGCACUCCGGGACGAAUUUAGAAAACAACUGAACGGACCAUUUUCGUCAUUAGGGGCCUUUGACACUUGUUUUUCUGCCACCAAUGAAGUUGUGGCCCCAGCCAUCACGUUGCAAUUCACGGGGUUGAAGUUGACACUGCCAAUGGAGAACAGCUUGAUUCACAGCAGCUCGGGUUCUCUGGCUUGCUUGGCGAUGGCGGCAGCUCCCAAUAAUGUGAACUCGGUGUUGAACGUGAUAGCCAACUUGCAGCAGCAGAACCUUAGGAUUUUGUUUGACGUUGCCAACUCUGUCGUUGGCAUUGCUCGUGAGAGUUGUAAUUAACGACUAGUUGUGUAGGGUUUCUGGUGUUCUGUCUCUUUGUGCUGUGUUUAAAUUGUCGCAAUGCAAAAGAACAUCUAUAUUUAUGUGUGUGUGUGUGUGUGUGUGUAUAGGUGGUGACUUGUGACAAAUAAAAAAGCAGGAUAAGCCUGCUGGGUGUUGAAUUUGGAGAAGGUGCCUGUAUGCUAUUAAUAUUAACUUUUUAUGUAUGUGGUAAUUUUUGGAAAGAGAACUUUUGGAGCUUUUGA